UACAAUAUAUUUUCACAGCAAAAUGUUAAAUCAAAUGGAGUUCUAGAUCACUUUUUUCACCAUCGAAAUAAUGUUUGCCUUCUUGUGAUAUUUCUUGUUUCUCAUAGACCAAAACGUCAAUUUCUCACCUGGGGAAUUGUUUCUGCCAUGGAACAUUUGCCAUACAUGUUGGUAUCAGAAAAUAUAUCUUCAACAUACAAUCAAGAUGAAGUAAAGUGCAUCACUAAAUACUUCAAUGUGGUGACUUUAACGAGUAUUAAAGAAAACAAAGGCUUGGCAGAAAAAGUCGAGGCCAUCGGUAUUUUAUGCUGGGAACUUGUGGUCACCAAAGACCUCUUGGAUAGUCUUCCUAACCUGAGGACGGUAGCGAGUCUUGGAGCGGGGGUUGACCAUCUCGACUUGCCUCUGCUCUGGAGCCAUGGCGUCUCUGUGUCCCACACUCCGGAUGUUGUCUCUGCCACCACGGCCGACAUGGGCAUGGCCCUGCUACUUGCCUCUGCCAGGGAGGUGGUGAAUGGUGCCUACCUUACAAAAUCACCGAAUUGUAUGGACGGAGGUCACAUCUUGGUUGGCGUGGACGUCCAUGGUGCCACUCUUGGGAUCUUAGGAAUGGGUCGUAUAGGCCGUUUGGUGGCGGAGAGAGCCCGUGGUUUUCACAUGUCCAUUCUAUACCACAAUCGCACAAGGAGACCAAUACAUGAGGAGACAGCCUUGGGUGCUCAAUACUGCCAAAAGAUUGACGAAGUCCUGGAAAAAUCUGACUUCCUCGUGAUUGCAGUCGAUGCAAACCCAGGAACAGUCAAAAUCAUUGGAGGGCGGGAAUUCAAGCUGAUGAAGACCAAUGCCACGAUCAUCAACAUCUCCAGAGGUGUUGUGAUAGACCAAGCUGCUCUCGUGGAAGCCCUCCAGAACAAGUGGAUCAGAGCAGCUGCUCUUGACGUCACCGACCCAGAGCCACUGCCCAGGGAUCACCCUCUGCUGCAACUUUCAAACGUGAUCAUCACUCCUCACAUCGGGGCCUCCACGAUUCGCACGAGACGAGAGAUGCUUGAAAGUGUUGCUACAAAUGCCCUGGCAGCUGUGCAGGGCCGGCCCAUCCCACACGAAGUGAAACCUCAUCAGGGCUGAAACCCACUUCUUGAGCACAACCCAGCGGCGUUGCUAUAUUCAGAAAAUGCCGCAAUGUGGUUUGCUGCGAGAACUAAACCUUGCUUCGCGCCUAACUUUAUUAACGACACGUUGACUAGCACUUAGCUGUAUGAACUACACAUUGACUUGCACCUAACUAUUAACUACACACGGACUCGCACCAAGCUGCAUGAAGUAAAAUCUAAAAUAUUUCACUUGCGUAAUACUGGUAGGAACCUCCUGGUUACACCAGCCCACAGGGGAUUAUUGUGUCCGUCCGUCCGUCGUGCAUUCAAA